GCAAGUUGUUUGUUUCAGCAGCUGGGUUAUUCCGAGCUCCGCCGGAGAGAGUGAAGACGGGCACCGUCAGUCCGUCUCUCUCGUUUUUCUCCCCUCUUUCCCCCGUUUGUAUCUCAUUCUGCUUUCUUUUAUUUCUCUCCGCUCCAUUCUCUCCCCCUUUUCUGGAAACGGACAACUUUUUUUUUUCCCUCUUUCUUUUCAUUUCCAGGCUGCACCGUCACAAGGUUGUUUUUUUGGGGAGGGGGGCGGGCGGUAUUAUUUUUUUUUUUUUAGUGUUGCUUUUUUUAAAUUUCUGUUCAAGAAAAGGGGCUCCUGGUUUUGCAGCGGCGUUUGCGAGUGGUGUUUUCCUGGGGGAGAGGGAAAGAAACGCUAAGAAGACCGUUCCUGAUUUUUUUUUGCCUCCCAGAUGAUCCACAAAUAAGACAGAAAAGAUGGAGUUGCAUAUUUUGGAGCACAGUCUGAAAGUAGCGAGCAUAGCAAAAGAAGGCAUUCAGCUCUGCACGUACGGACUGAUCAAACUCGCCUUUUUGCCUUCUAAAACUAGAUGUAAAUUCUUCAGCUUGACGGAGACACCAGAAGACUACACCAUUAUUGUGGAUGAGGAGGGAUAUAAAGAGCUGCCCCAGUCCGAGUUCCUCAGCGUGGCCGAGGCCACAUGGGUGGCGCUGAACGUGGUCUCUGGGGGAGGCAGCGCCUCGAGCUCCCAGCCGAUCGGAGUCACCAAAAUCGCUAAGUCGGUGAUCGCACCCCUGGCUGACCACAACAUCUCCGUGUUCAUGCUGUCCACCUACCAGACGGACUUCAUACUGGUUCGAGAACGGGACCUGCCCCUGGUCAUGCACACCCUGUCCUCCGAGUUCACUCUGCUCAGGGUGGUCAAUGGGGAGACUGUGGCAGCCAACAGUCUGGGGGUCACCAAUGGCUUUGUCAAGCCCAAAAUGGUCCAGAGGCCCAUCAUCCACCCCCUCUCCAGCCCCAGCAACAUGUUCUGCGUCACCAGCCUGGACCCCGACACCCUGCCUUCAGUGGCCACUCUGCUAAUGGAUGUCAUGUUCUAUUCCAGUGGCACGAAGGAGCCUGGUGCCACCGGCGAAGACUCCGGACACAUCCGCUUCUUUUCCUUCUCUCUGAUUGAGGGUUACGUCUCGCUGGUGAUGGACGAGCAGACAACACAGAGGUUUCCCAAUAACGUGCUCUUCACUAGUGCCUCCGGGGAGCUGUGGAAGAUGGUCCGGAUUGGAGGGCAGCCGCUGGGAUUUGAUGAGUGCGGUAUUGUGGCUCAGAUAUCUGAACCGCUGGCCACAGCAGACAUUCCAGCCUACUACAUCAGCACCUUCAAGUUUGACCACGCUCUGGUCCCAGAGGAGAACAUCCAGAGUGUGAUUGGAGCCUUGCGGACCAAUGAGAGCGCAGCGCAGUGAAGCGGGAGCAGUGCGUGAUGGGAGGACGGGGCGGGGAGGUGGGGCUCGGCUCUUGGCUGGCGCCGACCCCCGUCCUUAAUUCUCCGGAGAGCUCCGAACUCUUCACGUGCCAAGAGCCACAGCAAGAGGACUGCUGGGAGAGGGGAGAAGGGGGACCAGGGACUUUUUUUUUUUUGGACUGGGGUGGAAAAAUAACUGGGAGGCGGGGAGGGGAGGGGAGCCUCUCCCCAGCUUUGAGCCCCCAAACUCCCCUGCCCUGUUUCCUGAUUUGUCAAAGACUGUGCCAACACACACCCCCCUUUCCCGCCACCACCACCACCGUACUGGCACCUCUGGAGGGAUCCCCGGCUGGCGUGACGGCGGCCCGGUUUUCUCUUGCGCUGUCGCACUCCCUGCUCUCUUUGCACACCCUGUCACCACGGCAACGAGGCCUACUCAGGCCUGGGCCCUCAUCUGCCGCCAGUCCCACCCUUCUCCGUGUGCUGCGCUUGAGGCCCUCGGCUGACAGCUGGCCUGAGCUUAUGGGUGUGCUGGAACGAUUUGCUAGGAGGGUUAUUUUUAUAUAUAUACCGUAUAUAUAUUUACUUCUAUUACUAGGCUCCUUUUCCCUAAGUGGGAACAGUUGGAUGGCUUACACGUUGCCACACUCAUUCUAAGAAGUAUUUUAUUCUUCGUUCAAUCGCCAUGGUUCCCGUUUUUUUUUUCCUCCUUUCUUGGUGCCACGAUCCCCUCCUUUUCCAGGAAGGGCUCCAGGCCUAAACUGAUGCCUUGAUAAAAUGUCAGUAUGUUCAGUAUUUAUGUUGUGGGGGGAGUAGAACAGAGCUGCGUUCACGCAGGGGCGCGGUGUGGUGUGAAUUUGAAGAGCUGGAGUACUGUCUGUAAAUUAGGUUCUUAUCAAUGGCAGCUGGCCUCUAAGAUCACACAACAUGGUUCGCUACUGUCCUUUAAUAUUCAUUUAUACAGAGAUGGGAUUAGCCUCUUCUGUAAGGAAUUAGUUAUAUUCUAUUCUAUGAUCUAGGUUUGAAAGAGACUGAUUGCCAAGACUGUUAGGACAACACUUUAUGCUUCAAGAACCAACUUUAGUAACAUUAAAUGGCAAGCAAAUUGCUAGAAAGUGGAGAUUGACUAAAUGGCAUUUUCCUUGUUCUCGCGUUCUUGACAGCAGUGUGCAUUCGGUCUCUUGAAUAUCCAGGGCUGCUUGACCUGGGUACGGUGCUUGUGCACCAGGCUUUUCAGGCCUCGUCCCAGGACGGACAGAAAACCUGUCUGCAGCAGAGUACCCGACAGUGAGCUGACUUCCUGUGAACAUGGGUCUUGAAUUCCACGCAUGAGCUUCAGAUCAGUCCCUUCGCCUUCCAGGAGACCGAGAAGCAUUGACAAUUGGACUGUCCGUCAGCUAUACAUCACUAGUGAUUUGUUUGUUUUUACUGGACAGGUUUUUUAAUUCUGGGGAGCCCCAACGUGGAGAUCCGUGUGGUGAUUUUCCACACGUGUCUUGUUCACAUGUCGCCCUUUGUUUCUUUGUGGUAAAAGACACCUCGGGGGCCACACCGCCUUAUCACUGAGAAAGGCGGCCCUCUGUCUUGAGGCUGGCCGAUUUCAGUGGUCCAGGCUGGAGAAAAGACCAUUACUGAGAAGUAAACGCCACACCACGCCCUCUGCAUUGUGACAGUCUUCACCUGAAGUGGGUUUGAAGUUCAGAGCUGGCUCGAGGAGUUUGUAAGUAGGGUGGGUGGUGGUCAGGGAGAGAAUUAAUGCAGCAGUGAAUGCUCAUUUCAAAUGGGGGUGGGGGGGUGGGGUGGACAAGCACUGGCUUCUGUUUAGGCCUCCAGGCCUUAUGUCUGCACUUUAUGACUGGUCUACCCCUGUACAGACCUGCACAUGUGAAACGAGUUUUUUUUUUCUCACCUUGAAGGAAGCUCUGGUAACAGGAGUGUUAAAAUGCAGUUAAAAACGUAUUCAUUUUCUUUGGAGUUUUCCACGUGGUAUUCAUCAGUGUUAACAGAAUUUGAGUAUCAUUUUGUCCGGGGCUUUAUUUUUAACGUUUUGAGCUUGGAGUGUGUAGUUUUCAGAAACACUCUCACAUCUCUCCAUUCCCUGGAGCCCAACUUGGCCUCUACUUGUCAUUUGGGCAGAGGCAGGAGGGAAAGUCCUCUUCAAUGAAGAACGAGUGCAUCUUCUUGGGGGUGUCAGUUCUAAGUUUUCAGAAGGCUGUAUACAGCACUUAACCAGCCUUUUGAUCCACAACAUUUCCAGUGGCCUUGCUGUUUAACUUCAGUUGUGUGUGGGCUUUUUCCAAGCCCUGUAAAAAAGAUAAUUUUAACCCUAGAUUAGUGCUUCGUUAUUUAGUAUAAUUUCAAAGCAGGGUUUUCUCCUUUAAUGUUCGAUAGAUAGGUGUCCAAUAAGAUGGAGAGGAAAUAUUAGAAUCGGCGCUUCAGGAUUUUUUACGUGUCACUACCAAUGACAGAGCAUCUUGUUUGGUGGAAGGGUUGGUGCUCAGAGGGUGACAGACCACCUUUCUGGUCAAUGUGACUUUUUAUUUCACUAUAGCUAUUGUAUUAUUUCAAGUGCAGCUGGGACUUAACUUCAGCCUGCUUGAUGAGGGCAGUAUCUUGUCUCUCGGAGUCUCCUUGUCUCAUGGAGAGUGCAUACAGGCUGUCGUCCAACACAGUCACUGGCACAACCGGAAUUUGCCAAAUGUACCCAAACCAGUGUAAUUAGCAUCUACAGAUAGAUUAUGGAUUAUGGAGCAACAUGGGUGCAAAGCUUUGGAAAGUUUAUUCUAACAAUAGGGUUUGGCUUCUGUUCUCAGUCGGUAGUUUGUGGUGAUGGAUCUUUAACUGCGUUGCAGGCUCUUUCUGCUCCCCUAGUAAAGCCAGCAGGAGCGGUCUUCAUGAUUCUCUUUCCCCAUGGAGCUGGGUAACUUCAGGAACCUUCCCGCAGGGCUUUGACCUCAACCCUGCUCUCCCGAGUGGCGUUUUGGGAGCUCGGUGACACAGCAGAUCCAUUUCUCUGGUCGGUGUGCUUUGUGUUCUCCCUCGUCUCCGGUUCCGGGUCUCUCGAUUGGCCUGGGUAAACGUUGCUCUGUAGCCCGCUGAAGCGAGCCGGCCUGCAGCUAGUGCGCAGGGGACAGCUGUGUCUUGUGGAUGGAAUUCCAUCAGCGGAGUCGCUUUUGCACUGGCGCCGCAGCGCUGCACUGUUGCACUGUGCUCGCGAGUGGCCACACAGCAGCGCAGACCGCUGUUUUGGAGCUGUGGCUGCCAUCCUUAGAUUUUUCACCUUCACCGACAUCAUAAAAACUUGAGACCUUGAAAGGCUGCAUCACAUACUAGGGGGUUACUUGCUGGUGUGUAUCCACGCCCUGGAGCAGAUCUGUACAGGAGCUGGCACACGCAGACAGCGCUGUGGUCCAGUCUUUCUGCUACGCCCCUGUUACCAGGGAAACCUCCUGAUGCCUUGCUGUGCAUUUCUGCCCCCACACAGGCCUCUGUGAGGUGCUUGGAUCAGACUGAUGCCACAUAGCUUCUUUUUUUUUAGGAGACAACUCUAUUAUCCUUGCUCCAGAUGGAAAGGAGGUUAACAUGAUGGCUGAGAUACCCCUCUGGCUCCUCCAGUGCAGUACUUUUAUGCAACCAGAUCUUUAAUUGCUAAGUGGAUCCUGCUAAUUAUCAAGUCAUUGAGGAGUUGGUUGUAGGAAAAGUGUGCAGUGGAUUGGAAGGGCCACGUCUUAAGCCUUUCUCUGCACACAGUUCUCAUUUUGCCAGCGUUUCUUGUGUUUGUAUUUAUCAGCAUUCAGUGUUUCACCAUUCAUGAAACAAAUCAAACUGUGACCUGUUGGGAUUUCUGUCUUUUUCGGUCCAAUUGAACUGGAGUCAGCAACUCUAAAAUCUUUAAAGUCCUUAAUUAAGGGACGUGAGUGAUUCAGAGCUUAGCUGGAAUGAAGACUAGUAGGCUCUGCAGCGCCACAGAUCCAGAGUUACUAAUGCACAAAUGCAAAUGUGACUAGAACCAGAUGCCAGUGAAAAGCAAUAAGUCAUUAACUAGUCCCUCCGUCGCAAAUGGCAGUCUUGGAUGUUAGACUGAAAUGGAGAGUCUGUGUGGUUUAGCUUUUGGAGGAAGAUGGGUGAAGCGUCACUGAUGAAGAAUACUGUCACGAGCUGAAGCUGAUGAGGUCUCGGCUCAUGAAAAACAAAGCAUGUCCUUGGAUUUAUCUCCCACCUUUAGUUAAUUAUUAAUAUGAAAAAUGAGAUUUGAUUGGCCAUUAUUUGGAUACCAGCAACUUCAUCACCAGUCUAUAUCUCACGCAGAUAGAGCCAACAUAGAGUUCUACACAUUUUGGCAAAUUGGCAAUUAUGCUGUCCACGCCCUCUGUUUAGGUGGCUAUGCAGUGUUUUCUUUCCCUGUUUGGUAUACUGUUGUGGCUAUGACAUGCUAUAGAUUAGGGGUCUCCAACCCUGGUCCUGUGGAACUUCAGUCCACAUAGUCUUACAUGACAACCAAAAUCACCUUUUCAAACAUUAUGGACGCUUGUAAGUGAUCGAUCAAUUAAGCAAAUUAUGCUUAAAUGAAGUAAAUGUCAAGGUUUUAAAUUGAUGAGUGACCUGUAAAAGAUCUAGGCCUGGAGACCCCAUUCUGCUAUGAACUGGACCCGGUAUAAAAUAUGCAAAGCUCACUGUAAUACACUGAUCGGGGUGCAAAGCGGAGGCCAGCAUGUACAGAGCUGCUGAAGGGUGAAAAAACAGAUUUACUGGUGACGGUAAACGGCCCACAUGGGCUGUUCUUGCAGAAUAAAAUAUCCCCGAUAUGUCAGUGCAGCAGUGUAAUCCAGGGUCAGAGUGUGUUCAGCUCUGGAACGAUUUUGCUUUUUUACUGGAGAUGUUAUAGCUGUAUGGCCAGUUUAAGUUAAUCCAAUUUGAUACAUUUCUGUAUAGAUGGUUAUCAUUGGGUCCUAAUGGCCACUUUUGUUGUUUGCUUUCCCUGUAUUCAUCUGAAUUUUGUUCUUAAUGAUCAGUGAUCAGUCACGAAGGGCAGGUGGUAUUUGAAUGUAAAGUCCUCCCAUAAAUUGUACCAAAUAGGUUCUGGGCAGGCUGCAGCAUUUGGCUUCAACUAAGGCAAAACACCCUGUAGUUCUGUAGCUGAAGGCUUGAUGCUAAAUGCUGCCUAGCCCUGCUGUUCUUACAGGUGUGUAAUGACAGCAGGUCUCUGAGCACUGAUGCACACGUAGUGUUGCUGCUAGAUACUGAAUGUACAUUGAGAACAGCUCUCCCCUGUCGAAAGGUUCCAGAUUUUAUCCUCAAUGGUACCUGCCUUGUGAUAUCUGAGCGAGUGGGAGGUGGGGAGGGUUGUUGAUGUUUUCUGAUUUUUUUUUUAAACCUGUUAUUUUUUUGGGGGGGCUGAGUGUGUGUGUGUGUGGGGGGGGGGGAUGGUUCCACCCGAUUGUUAGACUCUGUAAUUUUCCGAUCCAGCAAUAGCAGCAUUGCAGAGAUUAUGAGUGUGGAUCAUUCCAGCGAAUGAAAAACAUUGUGGCAAAGAAAAAUAAAAAAAUAAUGAUUAAA